AACAACACAGGUACCAACGAGUUUAAUCAUCACGAUGUUCAGACAAACCUUACGUCAAGUUGCCAGACAAUCAGCCUCUGUUGCCAGAAGAACCUAUGCCACCGAAGCUACCUCCGAUGCUUUGAAGUUAUCGUUGGCCUUGCCUCACCAAACAUUAUACUCAGACAGCGAAGUCGAACAAGUCAACUUACCAUCAGUCAAUGGUGAUUUGGGUAUUUUGGCCAACCAUAUUCCUAUCGUCGAACAAUUGAGACCCGGAUUGUUGGAAAUCAUUUCUAAGGGUGGUGAAACCGAACAAUACUUUGUCAGUGGAGGUAUUGCUACCGUUCAACCCGGUAACAAAUUGACCAUAAGUGCUAUUGAAGCUUUCAAGCCUGACCAGUUCGAUGUCAAUGAAGUGAAGAACUUGAUUUCCGACGCCCAGAAGAGAGCCAGUUCUUCCGAUGAAGUUGAGGCUGCUGAAGCUUCCAUUGAGUUGGAAGUUUUGGAAGCUUUGCAAACUAUUGCCAAAUAAUUCAAUUGCAUGCAACGGUUACUAUCUAUAACAUAAAAAUACAAGAAUAUUAGAGCUGAACGUAGAACUGUAGUUUUGGGUACACAUUAGGGAACUCUGAAGAAUCUGCUGAAAUUUGCGAUUCUUAGGAAUUGAUCCUGAGAAGAUU